CUCACGAGCUGAUGGAAGGACGUAACAUGGCGGAGAGAGGUACUAGCGAGCAGCCGCCGUCCUCACGGUCCUCUUCUCCGGUUUCACAGCAGUGAAGCUAGUCCAUGUCGGCUCAGGUGUGGGGAGGAUACCUGCUUGUUGGUCUUCUUGGAGUCUACGAGAGAGAAAAACUUUGUGGACGUAAAGAUGAUCCGAAACUCAACAGACAUGCAGGAGUCUGCAGAGGAGUGUACCCCCUCCCCACCUCUGCCCAAGGAUCAUGUGUUCAACUCUGGAGCUGUGCUGUUCCCUGGUGCUUUUGAUCAACAUGGCUGCCCUUUGAUCUUCUUCCCGGUGGACGCACAAGACAAACUCUCCUCAGACCUCAGCAAAGCAGAAGUGGUGGACUUCAUAAAUUACUUUCUGUGUCUGCACAAUAAGAAGCAGGAGAAGGAGUGUUUGGUAUCAGUGGUAGCUGAUCUACGGCAGGCCUCGCUACCUACGACCAGGUUCAUCGCUGAGACUCUGCUUCUACUCGAGCUGCACAAGCGGACGGUUCAUAGUGUUUACAUCAUUCAGCCAAAGAAGAAAGAUGCUCUCAAGCUUUUGCUGAAACUUUUGUCUCCAUCGAAGUCUUACAACACCUCAUUCAAGAAAGUCCUCCUGAAAGAAAUCUCAGAGCUCUCAAACCACAUCGACAGGAGCCAGCUGACUGCUCCACUGGGUGGAUACCUCGUCUACUGCCACCAGAGCUGGGUCGCCUUCAUCAAGGAGAUCGAUGGGUUCGUGCAGCAGUUCCUCUCUGUGGUUCAGCGGCUGCCUUCGUGCAUCUCCACCCUUCAGGCUCUGUCCAGACUGCCGCUGCCCUCCACCUUCAGCGAGCUCCAACUCUUCUGCUCCACCAACGAAGCCAAGUUCCAGCAGCUCAGGAGGGACUUGGGCCUGGAUGAUCUGCUGACGCAUUGUGAGAAAAUUCUGGAGAAGCUGCGUUACCCGGAGAGGGAGUCGUGCUACCAGGCGAUGGCCGGCACGGCGCUCUUCACUCACACGGCCUUCGACAUGCUGCAGAACCACAGCAGGAUAAUGGCAGCAGUGGAGAAAGUGGAGCUGUUGUGGCAGCAGGCGUUUUCUAAGGCUCGUCUACAGCUGCAGGUGUGUCAGCUGAAAGAGGAUUCUCUACAGGUCACAGAGCAGAUCAAAAGUCUGUUUGAAGAGAAACUUCAGCUGUAUAAAAUUGAGAUUGCUCCAGAUGCAGCGAAGGCAGCGAGGCUGGUGUCCGAAUUUGAGGUGUCUAUUCACACUCCUGCAAUGGCUCUGGUCCGCUGUGCUGAAGACGUGAUCCACACGCUGUCAGAGCUCCUGCUGUGUGACGGUCAGCCUGCUGAGCGCUGGGCUCUUGAUCUGGAGAGACUGAAAGAGAAACUCCAGUCUGCUGUCACCUUCAUCCUCCAGACUCUCAGAGCUGUUUCUAGCUAUCAUCAUUACUAUAAUAAGGCAAACAGCUGGUACCGUCCAGUCCUCUGUGAGAACUUCCUGCAGGAGCUGCUUUCAGGUGUUAAUGGGGGAGGAGAUCCGUCACAGAGGCAGAGGAGAAACAGAGGAACGAUUCCUGCGUGGAGACGAAAACUGUCGGCGUUCUUGAAGAAGAAUCCUCCUCCUGAUCUGGAGGAGCUGGUUCACCUGGCUCACCUGUCCUCAGUCAUCCCAGAUGAUGAGGUGCAGCAGGCUGGGAGGCAGAUGUCCCAGAGGUGUUUGACUCUGAGAAAGCUGCUCGUCUCCUCUGGCCCGGUGUCUGUGGCUCAGCUGCAGCAGGCCUUACAGUGGCAGUAUGAGCUGUUACGGAGUGGCCAUGUUCAUCCUUCCUCUGCUGAUGGUACUACAAACAGAAAAAACCAGGACGUUUCUGAUCUGAAUAAUUGUGAGGGAGUUACAGAAGCAGCUCUCCUUGCAGCCUCUCCUGCUGCUGUUUCUGUCGCUGCUGAGGGUAAACCGGCCUCCCUCAGCUCCUUUGACUCGGGCUUUGAUGGAGCCGGGAGCAGUCCACUAGAGAUCAGAGACUCUGUGAGACCAGCUUCGAUUCAGCCUCAGACCCACAGAGAGAACGUCUGCAGCGUCUCCGACUGUGAGGAUCUCAGAGAUGAGUUUGACUUCGGCUCCGUGGGAAACUCCUCGAGGGCAAGCAUCCAGAUCAUCCCCAAAGUCUGCGUGGAGUCUCUAAACUUUGAGAUCAAAGUGAAGCGUUCGGCUGCUCUGCCCUCUAAUCCCUGGCUCAGCCUGCCAGUGGACGAUCUGGAGAACUCGUACACUGUGACGAUUACCCAGAAUCCAGCACCACAGAAGAGAGACCUGCAGUCUCCGUCAGAGUCAGGCUCCCUAUCCAGCCGGUCUCUGAAGGAUCAGCCCACUCAGACAGAGGUGAUGAACAGCUCUAAGACCAGAGACUGGGUUCUUCACUCACAGAGUGGGCUGGAUGAUCCUGAUCUAAGUCCAAUCAGAAAUGUCCUCUCCAGCACCAUCACAGAGCAGAGGGAGCGCUCCACCUGCACAGAGGGUGUCCCCACUCUUCUCUGGGACUCCUACGACCUCCACGAGCAGCAGCCAGACACUGUGGAUGGUUUGAGCGAUCUGUCCCUGAAGGAUUGGGAUGUUAAGGAGCAGGAGGGUUUGAUGGAGGUGGAAAAGAUCCUGGACAGAGCUGAUCAAAUACUGGAGAAAGAGGAGAAAGUUCUGGCUCAGGAGGCUGUGCUGGACGAUCUGCUGAAGUUGGAGAUUAGACACGAUCAGUGGCCUCCAUGGGACAGUGAAGGGCAGCUCAGUUUGAUGUCCUCUUCUGAGCUGGCUGAGGCAGGAGUGAUUGGCCUCGAGGAUUACAUCGACCCUGCAGACAGCCUGAGUGAGCCCACAUCAGCUGGUGAAACUAAACUCUAUAAAGAUGAUUCUGACACAGCAGCAGAAACAGAGAUGUUUCACUACAGAUCUGACCUGCUAACAGAGCUGAAACAAGUCCAGGUUCUGGAUCAGCUCAUCAUGGAAGAAAACCUCAAGAUCCACGAGCUCCGACGCUGUGAGGAGAAGCCCAGUGAGGACGUCUCGAGGAGCGAACCUGCAGAAACAAACGAGCCUUUGAGCAAAGAGAGGGAAGCUUUUCGUUUACAGGUGGAGAAAGAGAAGAAGGAGGUGGAGAAGCUCGAAAAGAGUUUGGAGAAAGAGCAUAAAUUAAAGAAGCACAGACGCAGAGCUACUAGGGUUAUAAAAUGUUCAGUAAUGGAGAAAGCGAGGAGUGAGAGUAAGGAGGAUCGAGCUCUGUGUGAUGAGAUUUUAUCAGCCAACAGAUCGCAGAACAUGGCUUUAAUUCUCGAUGAUUCUCAGGCUCCAGAUGAACCAAAAAAUGAAACUGAUCCUGUUGAAACUGCGCCUGAUAUUGCCAAAGAUGCUUCACAAGACACAGAUCCUCAAUGUGAGGAUGACUCCCCUCAAAUUGAGCCAGCAGUAUCAGAUGAAACUACCUUAAUGAGUAGCUCUGCUUUGAAGGACCCUCAUGAAGAGUUGGGAAUCCAGCAUCAGGAUGGCAUCAAUGUGGAAGAAACAGGCGUAACCAUAGAGAGCACUGAUAUACGCAAACCAGAAGCUUCCUUAGCCCCUGAAACAAAACCAGAUGAUGGAGCCUUUGACCCUGGAGGAAAUCUGCCUUGUCCUCCUGUGCCCAAGCCCAGAAAGACUUCGCUUCCUCUGAACAACAGCCUCGUAGAACCAGAUACUUGUCAUUCCCCUGGGCUGCAGAGGUCAGCUUCGUCCUCAGAUGAUCCAGAUGAUGCACUUGCAGAGGAAACCAGAGUAUUUCUGAAUCCUAAUGCGAAGAAACACAGCAACAAUAACAACAAUAACAGUGCAAACCCAGAGGCUUCAUUGCAGGAUUCAUAUGAACUAGGUGCUGAGGAUGAAGAGGAUUCACCUGCAUGUUUGCUGCAGAAAGAUGAGCCUACAUCAGAUGAAAUCGAGGCUCCAUAUCCUGCAGACGAGCCUCCACCUCAGUCUCCGUCUGACCGUCCAUUGGUUGAGUUUAACCACAGAAGAAGAGGCGAGCAGGAUGAAGAUCUGACUGAUAGUUUUCAGAGAUCUGAGAUUAUGAGGAUAACAGAACCAGUGACACCUGGGAUUCAGGCCCAGUUGGACAUCAGCAUGAGAGAGAUGUCAGAUUUUAAGACCCCCAUAGUCCUGGAUACAGGCUCUGGUUUGAUGAAGGCUGGAUUUGCAGAUCAAGAUCUUCCAAAUGUUGUUUUCCCAACAAUUAUAGGAAGGCCAAAAUAUGAGGAAAUAAUGAAUGGAAACCUUGAAAGAGAGACCUACAUCGGACAUGAGGCUCAGCACAUGAGGGGGGUCCUGGCUCUGCAGCAUCCCAUAAAGAACGGGAUCAUUCGUAACUGGGAUGAUAUGGAAAAGAUAUGGCAUCACACAUUCCAGCUGCUGCGUGUGGAUCCAGAGGAUCAUCCCGUUAUGCUCACUGAGGCCGCCAUGAAUCCGUUACAGAACCGCCAACGGAUGGUGGAGAUCAUGUUUGAGUGUUUCGGUGUCCCCUUCACCUAUGUGGCCAUGCAGGCAGUGCUGGCUCUCUAUGCAUCAGGAAGAUCCACCGGUGUUGUUGUUGACUCAGGUGAUGGAGUGAGCCACAGUGUUCCUGUGUUUGAGGGUUAUUGUCUACCUCACGCGGUGCAGCGUUUCCCUUUAGCUGGAAUUGAUGUUACAAUGCAUCUGAAAAAGCUCCUGCAGGAACAGGGCGUUUGCAUGCGUACCUCAGCAGAGAUGGAGAUCGUGAGGGAGAUGAAGGAGAAGUGCUGCUUUGUCGCUCUGAACUAUGAGUCUGAACUGAAUCGGGGGAGGUCAUCCUGCAGAGAGAUGCAUUACACCAUGCCGGACGGACAGAUCGUCACAGUGGGCACAGAGAGGUUCAGGGCCCCAGAGAUCCUCUUCAAGCCUGAGCUCAUUGGACGGGAUCACUACGGGAUGCAUGAGAGCGUCUUCAAGUCAAUCCUGAGCUCAGACAUCGACCUGCGGCGCUGCUUCCUGGGAAACAUUGUGCUGUCAGGAGGGAACACCCUGCUGGACGGCCUGCCGGAGCGUCUCCAGGCUGAAAUCAAAGAUCUGGUUCCUCCCGACACGGGGGAGAGCGUUCAUGUCACCAGUCCUAAGGACAGAGACUUCUCAGUGUGGAGCGGAGGAGCAGUGUUAGCCAACCUGCCCAACUUCAGCUCCACAUGGGUCAGUCAGGAAGAAUACGAGGAGUACGGACCGCAGAUCGUCCUCAGGAAGUGUUUCUGAGCUGAAUUCCUCAUAAUGUGCUUGUUAAUUCUUUGCUACACUAGGUGCAAUAUACAUACAGCUCUACAAAGUGCCAUGGACCUGCCAUUUAUCAAAACUUGUCCACCUUUUGUAAGUAUUGAUGGUUGUAAACUUGCUGUCAGUGCUGAUCCUGGCUCUGUUUUCUCUGUUUACUGCCAUCCACAAACAUGGCAAGGAUGAAGUUUGUUUUUAUUUUCUUAAAUUUGUGUCGGUCAGUGUUUCUGUUCCUCCAGCGCUUUAAAAUGCGUCUCAGCCUUUCCAUGUUGGAUUUCAUUUGUGUCCUAUCAAAUAUUUACCAGAAUUUAAUCAAAAGUAUAUAAAUAUUUGUGGUUGAGGGACAAGAAUUGAAGCUGGCCUUUAAUGAAUGUCUGCCAAUUAUUUUUUCCAAAAUAAGCAGUCGAGGGACAUAAAUAUAUAUCAGUUAAUGUGAAUCAAAUAAGAGUAUAUAUAUUUAUACAGAAAUUUAAAGCAGAAUUUGGUGUGGGAGUUAAAUCCUUUUUUAUGUGUUGACAUGGUGGAAGUUGCUUUUAUUUCGUAAGAUUUGGACCAGUGCAGCUGUGCAGAGUUCACACUAAAACAUUGGAUAUGCGCAGCAUUAAAUGAUCCUUACGAUGGAUUAUUAGGGCCACUGUUGGGAAGAAAAUGUCUUCAAUAGUUUACUUUUCUCAGGCUUUCCUUGUAUUUUAUUUUCAUAAAAUAUCCAGAAAAUGUUUACAUGAAAUGUUAGGUCUUUACCCCCUUCACACUUACCAUAAUGUUACUUCUGAAGAGGUUGGGGAACUUUUAUGUCAUAUUUUUCCCUUUUUAGUCAAAAUAUGGUGGCUCCCAUCGAGGUAAAGGAUCAUUUUAGCUGUCUAAUGUGAACUAAAGAGGAGAGAUGUGGAUAUGUGGGUUAUGAGGUUUGUUUUCUAGUAAACAGUAGCUGAGUCAUUGCUCUUUAAUGGUUAUUUUCCACCUGAGGAGACUUGUGGUAAGAGUGAAAUCUCUUUACUUCAUGGUGUGAGAUGUUAUGUGCAGUAAUGGUGCAUGAGUGCCUAUCAUUGUCUGUCAAGAAGCAGAUGAUGUUAGUGCUACUGCUGCAGCUACAGUGUUUGUUUGAAGUGUUAGAUUUACUGUUUGAGCGCUAAAUAUUCCCUAAUGAUUGAGUUUUGGUUGUGAAAUUUCUUCUUUUUUGAUAGAAGUGGUCAUGUUUUUAACUCCUGCACAGUAGUGUUCAUUUAUCUGUGAAUGGUGUUGCCAAAACUGUUGCAUUCAUUUCUUCACCAUGAAUCCUGAAAAGCCCUGAAGCCACCUUUGUAUAUAAAGUUUACUUUUGAUGUUGUGUUUCUGCAUGGUACUGCUUUGUUUGCAUGUAAUUAUGCUUCUGUCUUUUUUCCUUUGUCUGCAUGUUGCAUGUUUGUUGUAUUUUGCUUCUUUAAAGGAGAAGGGUUGUCAACUGAGCUAAAGCUCAGCUCUUCAGUGGAAAUCACCAUCAAAUGUGACUGCAGUAUUUUCAUUCAAAGCCUUGUGUAAAGGCAGCAAUUACCUGCUCAGUCUGCCUUGUUUACUGCCCCAGUUUAUUGAAAACCAACUCAUCCUCCUCAUUAUCAAAGUGUACUGUAACAGUCUGGACUGAGUCUGGAAAUUUUCACCCAAACCAUGCUUUGUAUGUCAUGUCUGUUUUUAUAAUAAAUAUUUUAGUCAUCACUCUG